AUGGAUGUUGGUGGUGUUCUUGAGGGCCGUGAUGAGGAUGAGGGCUUGGUUUCUGAAGGUGCUGCUCGUGAGAACCUUGAUCAUGGUCCUGUACAGCCAGAGGUUGCUUUGGUGCAGGAAAAUCAACCUCCAAGGAGGUCCUAUGUGAAAGUUGUGGCAAAUGCUUCUUGGCCUGCCAUAGACUCUCUCCCUGAACUGAUUCAAGCUGGUAACAUCCACAGAAUCGUCAUUCCGCAGCAGGAUUAUGAAUCCAAACGUCAGGUAUUCCGAUUUGCUCUGAUUGGGAGAGUCAACUUUAGGCUAGUCUCCCUUGACUAUCUGAGAAAAGAAGCUGCUGAGAAAUGGAACUUGAAUCAAGGAGUCACAAUGCCCCCCCUUGGGAAAGGAUAUGUAAUCUUUGAGUUCCAUUGUGAAAGAGACAAAGCUGCUAUAUGGAAGAGAAGCCCUUUCAAACUAGGUGGGCAAUUGAUUAGGUUUCAACAUUGGACACCUGAUUUUAACAUAUAUGAAAAGCAAGCUCAGGCCAAACUCAUAUGGGUGCGAUUUCCAGAUCUUCCCCUGGAAUAUUGGUACGAAAACGUUCUUCUCUCCAUCGCCAAGGUAGUGGGACGUCCUAUGGCUCUUGAUCAGCAUACCAGACAAGGCCUGAUGGGGUAUUACGCCCGUGUCCUAGUGGAGAUGGAUGUUUCUGAUAUGCCCACUCGUGUGGACGAGGUCCAAGUUGAGAGAUUGGAACCUGACACCUCAAAGAUGUUUGGAUUCAGACAGAAGGUGGUGUAUGAAGAUAUAGGCGGAAGUUGUGGUUACUGCAAACAAUGGGCCACCAAGUCAAUGAGUCCAGGAAGAAAAAAUUGGCAGAUGAGAAGGAGGCAUAGAUUCACCGGGCAGCCUCCGUUCCUGGUGCCGUCUAUGUAG